AUGUCGUUCCUUGGUAUCUUUACCCAGUCCAUCGGUCCCGUCGCCCAAUACCACCAAAACUCCAAGUAUUAUUCCGUCGUUAAGCCCGCUCCCAACCCCAAAGUCGACAACAAGCUCCCCCACGUCACCAUCCAAAUACCCGUCUACAAGGAAUCGCUCAAAGAGACCAUCUCCCCAUCCUGCGAGUCCCUCAAAAAGGCAAUGCAAACGUACGCUCGUCAAGGUGGUACUUCGUCCAUCAUGAUUUGCGACGACGGUCACUCGAGCAAGCCCGACGGGUUCAAGCGUGCCGGUCGAUUCAAAAAGGCGUCCAACAUGAACUAUGCGCUCAAGAUUUCGCUCAAGUUGGAAGAGCAUUUGAGGGUUUUGGCGAAUGAUGAGAAUGCGGAACAAGAUGCUGGAAAUGGUGGAAUGAGCUAUGGAUGGUCCAAUGUGCUCUCGGCUGCUGGCAACGAAGAAGACGAUCGUGAGGAAUCCCUCGAGGAUUUGGCGCUCCGUAUGGCUUGUGACGAGGUCUUUGCAGACACCCAAGGCAGGUUUAGGCCUUGGGCUGCCAACAGUCACACCCUUCGUGUCGGUGAAAUCAUUCUUAUCGUCGAUUCGGAUACGAUCGUCCCUGAAGACUGUCUUCGUGAUGCUGCCCGCGGGAUGCACGAGUCUCCCGAAGCCGGAGUCAUCCAACACGAUUCGGACGUCAUGCAAGUCGCCCACACUUAUUUCGAAAACGGCAUCACGCACUUUACCCGUCGUAUCAAUCGCGCCAUCUCGUUUGCCUGCGCCAAUGGUGAAGUCGCUGCUUUCGUCGGACACAAUGCUUUCCUCCGGUGGAGUGCGAUUCAAGACGUGGCGUUUAUCGAUCCUGCCGAUGGUGAACGCAAGAUUUGGUCGGAAAAUAACGUAUCUGAAGAUUUCGACAUGGCUUUGAGGUUGCAACUUGGUGGAUAUACCGCUCGAUGGGCUGUGUACUCGGAAGGUGGAUUCAAAGAGGGUGUCAGUUUGACCUGCGACGACGAACUCAACCGAUGA